AUGGAAAAAGCAACCGAGGUCUCUCUAGUGAUAGGUACAUCAGAAGAUCUAAGCACAGCCGAUGAUUCUGCUAAGGCUAUGAAUAGAGUAGUUGUAACAAAGGAAGAGAAAGUUAUGGAGAAAGAAGAUGAGGAUACAACAUUUGAUGGUGGAUUCGUAAAAGUUGAGAAAGAAGGGAUCGACACAAAGUAUGAUGAUGAUGAUGAGAAAGCAGAUAAGCAAGUUCUUGAAACAUCUGUAGCAGAUAUCACUAGUAAUGCAGCUAAAUCGAAAGAGAAGUGCGACGAACUUGAAGAGAAACUGAAGGUUUCAGAUGCUCUUCUGUCUCAAGCUUUGUCCAAAAACUCUGCUCUUGAACAGAAAUUGGAAACUCUGGAGGGUUUUUCUAAGGAAGUAGCUGAACUAAAAUCUGCUUUGAUAGUGGCUGAAGAGGAAAGAAAAAAUUCGACUAGAGAGAUGGAGGAAUAUCAAGAAACAUCGCAGUCAAAACUAGAGAAAGCAGAGGAAAAACUAAACGUUUCAGCUGAGAAAGAGAGAGAAUUAUCAAAAAAUCUGAAAUCAGCUGAAGAGAGACUUGAGAAGCAAGCAAGAGAAAUAGAUGAAGCUAGUGCAAGAAGCAUAGAGCUCGAGACGUUUCAUAAACACUCAGAGCUUAGAAUUCAAAAGGCAGUGGAGGAUUUCAGUAGCAGAGAUACAGAGGCCAAGUCACUGGCUGAGAAAUCGAAAGAUCUUGAGGAGAGAUUGAGAUUACAUGAAGAGAAGUUGGCUGAAGCAUCUGCUCACUCUUUUUCUUUGAAAGAGGAUCUUGAUCAGUCGUCUUUGGAGAAUGAGUUACUAGUAGACACAAACAACCAGCUCAAGAUCAAGAUUCAAGAACUUGAAGGAUUUCUGGAUUUUGAGAAGGACACCACAGCUAGACAGGCUGAAGAAGCCAAUGAGUUGAUUACAAUGUUGAAAUCACAUGACAACCUAAUCGAGGAGCACAAAAGGCAAGUUCUUGAAGCAUCUGGAGUUUCUGAUACUAGAAAAACAGAGCUGGAAGAGGCUCUAUCGAAACUCAUGACUUUCGAAGCUACAAUCAUAGAGCUUGAGAAAGAAAAUGGAUCUCUGGCCGAGGUGAAUCUGAAGCUGAAUCAGGAACUAGCCAAUCAUGGGUCAGAGACAAGCGAUUUUCAGGUAAAGUUGUCUGCUUUAGAAACUGAGAAAGACCAAGCAUCAAAAGAGCUUCAGGCUGCAAAGACAGCCAUAGAAGAUCUAACAAACAAACUUACUUCUGAAGGAGAAAGAUUACGAUCACAGAUCUCUUCCCUUGCAGAAGAGAAUAACCAAGUCAAUGAAAUAUACCAGAGCACAAAGAAUGAGCUUGUAAAGCUUCAAGAACAACUCCAAGUAGAGAAGUCUAAAUCCGAUGCUAGUGUAACCGAAAUCAAGAAACUCAGCGCCGUGGCUGCUGAAAAGUCUGUGUUGGAGUCAAACUUUGAAGAAGUUGAAAAACAGUUGAAAAAAGUUGAAGCUCAGUUGAAACAAGAGGUUGAAAAAGUUGCAGAAAUGACCUCAAAAUUACAGGAACAUGAACACAAGGCGAGUGACCGAGAUGUGCAGCACGAGCAAGCGCUUCUGCUUCAUAGAGAACUUCAAGCUUCUCACACAGUCAUUUCUGAAGAGAAAGAAGCGGUUUCUCAGAAACGUUCGGAGUUGGAGGCUACUCUAAAGAAAUCACAAGAAGAGCUUGAAACUAAGAAAAUUAUGAUCAGAGAGCUUGAACAGAAAGUGCAGCUUGCAGAUGCUAAAUCUAAGGUAACCGAGUCUAUAGGAGAAGAAGUUAAAUCUCGAGACAUUGACUUAUCUUUUGUAACUCCAAAGCAAAGUAAGAGCAUGAAUAAGUCAGAUGCUUCUCCAUCAGUUUCGUCUUCUACAAGAAACGUUACAAUUCAGAAAACUGAAACAUCGCAUCUCAUGACAUUGAAGAUCGUCCUUGGAGUGGCUCUUGUCUCUGUCAUCAUCGGUAUCAUUCUUGGUAAAAGGUAUUAA